AAAGGUUUUGCACAAAAAGAAAACCUUAAUGUUCAUGUAAGGAUUCACACUGGAGAGAAGCCACACACAUGCACUCAGUGUGGAAAGAGUUUCUCAGGUAAAGGAGAACUUAAUAGUCACAUGAGGAUUCACUCUGCAGAGAGGCCUUUCACAUGUGCUCAGUGUGGAAAGAGUUUCAAAUGGGCCAACGAUCUCAAUGUUCAUCUGCGCUCUCACUCUGGAAUCAAGCCAUUUUACUGUGAUCAGUGUGGUAAAACUUUUACUUCAGCAUCAAAUCUAAAAAAACAUGUGAUUAUCCAUACAAAUGAGAAGCCUUACAUGUGUUCUCUUUGUGGAAAGAGUUUUUCAUGGCUGAUCAGCUUGAAACGGCACCAGAAAAUACACACCAGUCUAAAAGAUCAUGUGUGCCUUGAGUGUGGUAAGACUUUUCUUUCAGCCACAUGCUUAAAACGGCACCAGAGUGAACACAUGAGUGAUCCAGAACCAUCCAGAAUGAAACAUGAAGAUACUGAGGAACAAAGAGGCCUGAUGGAAGAAGUGAAAGGGGGAAAUCAAGAGCUGAAUGAAGUGGUUGAGAAACAUCAGUAUGAAGAAAAAUCCAACAGUUGCUCACAGACUAAAAACAAUUCCUUAAAAAAAAGAACUCGAAGAACAGCAGCCGAAAACUCAUUGACCUGCCCUCAGUGUGGAAAGAUUUUCAAACGUAGAGAACACUUUAAUAAUCACAUGAGAAUUCACACGGGAGAAAAGCCGUUCACCUGCCCUCAUUGUGCAAAAAGUUUCACACAAAAAAUAACCCUUAAUGUUCAUGUAAGGAUUCACACUGGAGAGAAGCCACACACAUGCACUCAGUGUGGAAAGAGUUUCUCAGGUAAAGGAGAACUUAAUAGUCACAUGAGGAUUCACUCUGCAGAGAGGCCUUUCACAUGUGCUCAGUGUGGAAAGAGUUUCAAAUGGGCCAACGAUCUCAAUGUUCAUCUGCGCUCUCACUCUGGAAUCAAGCCAUUUUAUUGUGAUCAGUGUGGUAAAACUUUUACUACAGCAUCAAAUCUAAAAAAACAUGGUGUUAUUCAUACAGAUGAGAAGCCUUACAUGUGUUCUCUUUGUGGAAAGAGUUUUUCAUGGCUGAUCAGCUUGAAACGGCACAAGAAAAUACACACCAGUGUAAGAGAUCAUGUGUGCCUUGAGUGUGAUAAGACUUUUCUUUCAGACACAUGCUUAAAACAGCACCAGAGUGAACACAUGAGUGAUCCAGAACCAUCCAGAAUGAAACAUGAAGAUACUGAGGAACAAAGAGGCCUGAUGGAAGAAGUGAAAGGGGGAAAUCAAGAGCUGAAUGAAGUGGUUGAGAAACAUCAGUAUGAAGAAAAAUCCAACAGUUGCUCACAGACUAAAAACAAUUCCUUUAAAAAAAGAACUCGAAGAACAGCAGCUGAAAACUCAUUGACCUGCCCUCAGUGUGGAAAGAUUUUCAAACGCAGAGAACACUUUAAUAAUCACAUGAGAAUUCACACGGGAGAGAAGCCGUUCACCUGCCCUCAUUGUGCAAAAAGUUUUGCACAAAAAAUAACCCUUAAUGUUCAUGUAAGGAUUCACACUGGAGAGAAGCCACACACAUGCACUCAGUGUGGAAAGAGUUUCUCAGGUAAAGGAGAACUUAAUAGUCACAUGAGGAUUCACUCUGCAGAGAGGCCUUUCACAUGUGCUCAGUGUGGAAAGAGUUUCAAAUGGGCCAGCGUUCUCAGUGAUCAUCUGCGCUCUCACUCUGGAAUAAAGCCAUUUUACUGUGAUCAGUGUGGUAAAACUUUUACUACAGCAUCAGAUCUAAAAAAACAUGGGGUUAUUCAUACAGAUGAGAAGCCGUACAUGUGUUCUCUUUGUGGAAAGAGUUUUUCACGACUUACCAGCUUGAAAAAGCACAAGAAAGUACACACCAGUGUAAAAGAUCAUGUGUGCCUUGAGUGUGGUAAGACUUUUCUUUCAGCCACACGCUUAAAACGGCACCAGAGUGAACACAUGAGUGAUCCAGAACCAUCCAGAAUGAAACAUGAAAAUACUGAGGAACAAACAGGCCUGAUGAAAGACGUCAAAGUGGAAAAUCAAGAGCUGAAUGAAGUGGAUGAGAAAAGUCACUCUGAUGAAAAAUCCAACAUUUGCUCACAGACUAAAAACAAUUCCUUUAAAAAAAGAACUCGAAGAACAGCAGCCGAAAACUCAUUGACCUGCCCUCAGUGUGGAAAGAUUUUCAAACGUAGAGAACACUUUAAUAAUCACAUGAGAAUUCACACUGGAGAGAAGCCGUUCACCUGCCCUCAUUGUGCAAAAGGUUUUGCACAAAAAGAAAACCUUAAUCGUCAUGUAAGGAUUCACACUGGAGAGAAACCUUUCAAAUGUCCUCAUUGUAGAAAAUGUUUUUUGAGCAAAAGAGAACUUAAAAGUCACAUGAGGAUUCACUCUACAGAGAGGCCUUUCACAUGUGCUCAGUGUGGAAAGAGUUUCAAAUGGGCCAGCGUUCUCAGUGAUCAUCUGCGCUCUCACUCUGGGAUCAAGCCAUUUUACUGUGAUCAGUGUGGUAAAACUUUUACUAAUGCAUCAAAUCUAAAAAAACAUGGGGUUAUUCAUACAAAUGAAAAGCCGUACAUGUGUUUUUUUUGUGGAAAGAGCUUUUCAUGGCUGAUCAGCUUGAAAAAGCACAAGAAAGUACACACCAGUGUAAAAGAUCAUGUGUGCCUUGAGUGUGGUAAGACUUUUAUUUCAGCCACACGCUUAAAACGGCACCAGAGUGAACACAUGAGUGAUCCAGAACCAUCCAGAAUGAAACAUGAAGAUACUGAGGAACAAAGAGGCCUGAUGGAAGAAGUAAAAGAGGAAAAUCAAGAGCUGAAUGAAGUGGAUGAGGAACGUCAGUAUGAAGAAAAAUCCAAAAUUUGCUCACAGACAAAAAACAAUUCCUUUAAAAAAAGAACUCGAAGAACAGCAGCCGAAAACUCAUUGACCUGCCCUCAGUGUGGAAAGAUUUUCAAACGUAGAGAACACUUUAAUAAUCACAUGAGAAUUCACACGGGAGAGAAGCCGUUCACCUGCCCUCAUUGUGCAAAAAGUUUCACACAAAAAAUAACCCUUAAUGUUCAUGUAAGGAUUCACACUGGAGAGAAGCCACACACAUGCACACAGUGUGGAAAGAGUUUCUCAGGUAAAGGAGAACUUAAUAGUCACAUGAGGAUUCACUCUGCAGAGAGGCCUUUCACAUGUGCUCAGUGUGGAAAGAGUUUCAAAUGGGCCAACGAUCUCAAUGUUCAUCUGCGCUCUCACUCUGGGAUCAAGCCAUAUUACUAUCUGGUUCUUUGGGCCUCCAAAACAUCACAGCAAUAAUAAUUCACACCUUCAUUGAAGCCAUUCCCACAACAAUUCACCAAUAAAAACUGUGAAUAUUCCCAUCAUCCUAGAAGAGAAGAAGUUCUUCAGACCAGCAGGAAGAUCUCCAGUUGUAACAACUGAAGUCUGUGUGAUAUACUAUGGAAAAGAUGGAGUUUGUUAAAGAUGAGAAAGAAGACAUGAGUUAUCUAGAGCCAUACAACAUAAAACAUGAAGAUACUGAGGAACAAAUAGACAUCAUAAAAGUGAAAGAAGAAAGCCAAGAACUGAAUGAAGUGGUGGAGGAACAUCAGUAUCAGAAGCCUCAUCAUUUCUUAAGUGGAGAAAAAUCCUUUUUUAGUUGUGCAGAGACUGAAAAUAAUUUCUCACAAAACAAAACUCAAACAACAGAGGACAAAAACUCUUUCACCUGCUCUCAGUGUGGAAAGAGUUUUACACGUAAACACAGUCUUAAGAAACACAUAAAAACUCAUACUGGAGAAAAACCUUUUACAUGCCCUGAGUGUGGCAAGAGUUUUAAAAGGGCACCCACUUUCAGUAGUCAUUUACUCGCUCACUCUGGUCUAAAUCCUUUUCAUUGUGAUCAGUGUGGUGAAAGUUUUAUUUCAGCUUCAGUUCUAAGAAAACAUCUGAAUGUUCAUGUGAGGCCGUACUUGUGUUCAUGUGGAAAGUGUUUUUCAUCUCUGAGCAUUUUGAAAGCUCAUGAGAAAACACACACUGGUGUUAAAGAUCAUGUCUGUUCUGAGUGUGGAAAGGGCUUCACUGCAGCCAGCGACUUGAAAAGACACCAGAGAAUUCAUACUGGAGAAAAACCUUACAAGUGCUCACAUUGUGACAAGUGCUUCACUGUGUCAGGAGACCUGAAAACACACGAGAGAAUUCAUACUGGUGAGAAACCGUACAAGUGCUCUCAAUGUGACAAAAGUUUUGUUAGGUUAGGACCACUGAAAAGACAUCAGAGAGUUCAUACUGGAGAGAAACCGUUCGAGUGCUCACAUUGUGACAAAAGUUUUGCUCAGUCAGGACAAUUGAAAACACAUCAGAAAGUUCAUACAGGUAGAUACCGAACCAGUGCAGUCUAUGUGGGAGGAGUUUUACCUGAUUACAGUAUCUAAUUAUUCACAACAACAACAACAACAAAAAAGCGUUUUUCAGUAAGCAAAUGUCAUAAUGAAUAAUGUGAGACUAAGGUGUCCAAUCUAAAAAGUUACUUUGCAUAAAUUACAUGUAGUGUAGUUUGCCCUUUUCACCACAAGAAAUUUAGGAGAAAUCUAUAAAAUCAAUUUUAAAGCUUGAAAUUCAUUAUUAAUACACCUUUCAAAACAAGCAUGUAAAAAAUAAACACUUAUUGUUAAAUGAACUGAAUAAAGAUUGUUUGUAUGAAACAGUUGUGUGCUCUUUUCAAAUUCAGCUGUUGUUUUCUUAUUUAUUUAUUUGGAAUUUGUGUCUUGGUUUCCUAAAGCUUAUUUCAAACCAGGUUCAUUAACACCUGAGCUCUUUCUACGUAACACUACUGUAUAUCUGCUAAACAUAAACAGUGCAUUCAGAAAGUA